GGCUCAAAGCCUUGGACUAUACCAUUAAGGUUACGGCAAUGGUUCUGAUGCAAAACAUUUAAUGGAGCCAACACGAAAUAGCUACUGUUUGAUAUUCGUGAAAGACACUCUUUUGAUACGAAAUUACUUGAGGUAUUAUAAAGGGAUUUAUUUAAAGCGUGAUAUUCCAGUUUAUGUCAGUAAAUCAUAGCACCCCCAGGUCACAAUAGAUCCACCCGCCGGUAAGAUGGCGGCUGUAAAGGCGGAUUCAACAACCGAAGAGAAAGCAGCUGCUCCUGAAAGUAAACCCGCGGCCGAAUCUGUCAGACCGAAGGAACAUGGGCACAGAGACAAAAGAAAGAAAGCAGAUGUGGUAGACUCUGCCUACAACUGUUGGUUCAAGACUCUACGUUCCCUAACAGCUAAUAACAGUGAGUACUUUGAGCGACACAAGACUCAGUACUCCAGUCGCUUCUCCUCUGCAGUGUGCAUCCUUCAGGGACAUGCAGACGCAAUCCAGCCCAUCCUCGAGGGCUUCAUCAGAAUAGCGCCCGACUUCGACGUGGACGAAAGCACGCCCAGCAACGGCUACCGCAGCUUGGUGAAAGUGGUGGGGACUUGCAUACGGCGUAUCAUACACGUCCAACGGAAGGUGGUGAACAAUCGUGAUGGUCUCCUGUUCCAGAGCAAACACUACUGCCAGGAACUGGAGGCGUAUGCCUCAGUGCUGUGCCAGCUCAGAGCAAUCAUGGAUGUUGCACAGAAGGUGUUAGCCAAAAGUAAACAUGGCCAACUCUUCCCAGAGGAGAAACUCUUUCCUGAGUUCCUGUUUGAGGAAGCCGAGUCGUUGGAUAAGGAGUGUUUUUACGGAAGAUGUGUUGGGUUUCAGUUCUGUAGCUCUAUGCAGCCAAUCUUCCACACCAUCUCCACUGCAAUGGCAUCGUUUGCGGAAGCCUACAGCGACCACGAUGGCCAGCUGACACGAGCGCUGGCGUCCCUGCUCAAUAGCGGGAAGUACGCCAUGAACCCUGAGCUGCGUGCGCGGACCAUCGUCAGCAUGUGUGAUAAAGCAGACAUCAGCUUCUGUAAGGCUUUCUGGAACAUCACUGAGGAGGGACCUUUACAGCACAUGUCAGGCUUCCUGAGUAGCUCAGUUAAUGUGAACAAAGUGUUCCACAUCCCUGCCAUGCCGUUUGAGAUGGAGUCCAGUUUGGAGGACGGAGAGCUGGUGACCAUCACCCCACCCUGCUCCCAGACUGGACCUGGACCUGUCCAAGUCAGGCUCAUAUGCUUCGAGAACAGGGAGGGACAGCCAGACGAUCUGGAUCUGAUAGAACAAUUGGAGGAAUACCUGGGAACCAAGAAAAAGCCUGAGGACAUCUCCUCCCCCAUCAUGGACCAGGUGGAAGAGAAACUGGGUACGAAGAAGAAGGUUCCUGCUCCCAAGUCUGAUGCUCUUAUCAUUCAUAUUCACGGAGGGGGCUUUGUGGCACAGUCCUCCAAAUCACAUGAGAUGUACCUGCGGACCUGGGCGAAGGACAUUGACGUGCCCAUUCUGUCUGUGGACUACUCGCUGGCUCCUGCACACCCCUUCCCUAGGGCCAUGGAGGAGUGCUUCUUUGCUUAUGCAUGGGCACUGAAGAAUGCUCACAUCCUUGGCACCACAGCAGAGAGAGUAUGUCUGGCUGGGGACAGUGCAGGAGGAAACCUGUGUGUGUCUGUGGCCAUGAGAGCUGCUAACUAUGGCAUAAGGGUUCCUGAUGGAGUCCUUGCCGCAUACACCCCCUUCCUGGUCCGGUACACCCCCUCCCCCUCCCGUCUCCUGUGCAUGAUGGACCCCCUCCUCCCCAUGGGUAUCCUGUCCCGCUGCAUUGCUGCUUAUGCUGGUCUCAAAGAGAAGAAGCCGGGAGAAGACGUCAGUUCCUCCAGUUCGACCACGAGUUCCACCCCCCAGCUCAGCACUCCUGAGCACAACUUCUCCUCAGCCAGACUGGUGUUUGAUCCCUCUCCUACAGAACCCAAGAGGAGUGGGGAGGGGGCAGCCGCUCCAAAACUGUUAUUCACAAACACGUCGGGUGGUCUGUGUGAAGUCCAUACCCCCUCACCCAGCCCUCCAGGUGGGGAUGGGCCAGUCCAAACAGACAUACCAGUAUUAACUGUGGAAACAGAGACUGCUGUCAUACAGGGCAAACUGAACACUGAACCAACCGUAGAUAAUCUAAAAGAGCCCCAUUUUGAGGACAUUGCGUUGUCUCCUUACGAAGAAGACAGUGGUGACUCGGAGUGGUCCCUCACAGACAAACAGACUGAAGUAGACUCACCAAGUGGAGUGAGUGAUGAGAAGAGUCCAGAGGAAGGAUCAGAAGGAAAGGAGAAGGACAGAGCAGCAGAGGAUGACCCCAACAGGCCCUCCUCUCUUUCUCUGCCAUCUCUACCAUCCCUGGAUGAGAUCUCCAUGGCGAUAUCGAAGAUGACGGAGAGUAAACCGGAGGAGGUUGUGCUGCCCUCGGAGCCGGUACACAGUCCGACCUCGAUAUCCCACGUGACCAGGUACCGCCCGUCUCCCAUCCUCAACAACCCCUACAUGUCCCCACUCCUGGCUGAUGAUGAGCUGCUGAAGGGCCUCCCUCCUGUCUAUCUAGUGCCCUGUGCCUUGGACCCUGUACUGGAUGACUCGAUCAUGUUUGCGCACCGUCUGAAGGCCCUGGGCAUCCCGUACAAGCUCCAGGUGGUGGAGGAGCUGUCUCACGGCUUCCUCAACUUCACCUCCAUCUGUAAGGAGGCGCGGCAGGCCAACGACCUCUGCAUCAACAACCUGCUGGAGAUGUUGGGCCGCAGACCACGUGGGGGGCGAGUUGCCACGCCCACGAGAAAACUAUAGCGUUAGAUUAUGCUAUGUUACUGUAUGAUUCUGGGAUUUACAGACAUGAUAGAUAGGCUGGAAUGUUGAUUAACGGUAACUAUGGUACAUCCAUGUACUGGGAUACUGGAGUACUCCUGCUGUAGGGCCAGCCUAGAGCUUUUGGAGUCUAUUUUAGCCUGUGUUGUAACCAAGGCCUCCAACAAUAGUGUGCAUUACUAAUAUGUUAUUUGAACUAAAUCCUGAUGUAAACAUUGCUAACUUAUAUAUAUUGUAUUUGAAAAGACUUUGAAGUGACUGAUAGUGAAGAAUUGAGCCAUUUGAAAGCAAUAUUGAGUACCUAUUAUAAUAUGUCACAAUAAUAAUAUGUUUUGUAUAGCAAAUCGGUUCUCAUAUAUGACCAGUCAAUUUUGCCCAGUGUUACAGUAGAGAGAAAAUGGUGGUGUAGAUUAAAUGAGAGAAGUUUAUAUAAGCAAUCAAAAGUAUGCAUCUAAUCAGGUGUACUCAAGAGACAUUUUUUAUACGUGAAAAAUGAACUGCAACUUUCCCUUUGAAAUGGCUGUAACCCAAGAACUGACUUUGAGGUGUGUUUUCUGCUUACUGAUUACUGUAGUAUACCAGUAGUAGUUUGCAGUUCAAUUCUGGAUUGCAAGAAUUGUGGUGUAUACUUGCUGUGUUAUCUGGCUCACAUAAGCAUGCGGGCUUCUGUUCCUUGGUGGUGUUUUUCUCCAGUUCAACUGUAACAAGGGAGGUGUUACAAUUUUUCUGACCAACUACGUCUGAGCUUUCGAAUGGAGUAGUCAUGAGUGAAACAUAUUUGGACUAUUCCAUGUACAAAUGCUCGCAAUAUUGUGAAAUAACCUGGCCUUAGUUAGAAGUACCUACGUACAAAUGUAUACUGUUGAUGUGGAUGAUAUAGCAGUUUAUGACUGCACUACAGACUUCUCAUUGUAUGUUUUAUUAGUGUAUGAAACAGUGGAAAAAUGACAAUGCAUUCUGAACUUUAGCCGUACUAAUCAAGGGCUUAAUAAUUGUAUCUGAUGCUGUGUGAUGCAGAGAAAUAGUGAAGAACCAAAAGUUGGAGUUUUAUUUAUUGCAUUGUGUAAAUGUUGACUCAACUUUGCAUUACUCCAAGCAAAGGUAAUACAUGCAAGUCAAGUGAAGACAUAUGCAGUUACAUGUAGUAUUUUCCCUGAAUAAGUUCAGAAACUACAGUUUUUAAUAAUAACAUUGAAGACAAGUACAUGAACAGUGCAAUAUGAUACUUUUUUGAUAGAUACGAAUUUACGUAGUUCUAGCAGGGAUUUUAGGAUUCAGCUACGUGUAUAAAGGCCUAAAGCUGUUUGUGUGGAAAUAAGGCAUAGCUCUAAACUUUAAAGUGUUACAAACAUGAUGAAAAUGAAAUGUAUAAAACAAGAUGACAUCAUAGACCAUUUCUAUAGAUGUGUUGUGUAGAAUGUCUUUUGUGGAUCAGCUUACAUGGCCUGACUAUUCUUGGAGCUGGCCAGCCAUACACAAGGAAACAUGCCAAUUGUAAUGAAUGUGUGAAAUGAUUUCAUUUGAAAUCUGUGGUACCUAUAGUGUACAUGGACAUACAGUAUUUAACUUAAGUAGCAAAAAGACUUGUCAAACAUACAUUUUGGAUUGCUGUUUUACUUUUAGUAGCAUUGUAGUAUGUCCUUGUUUCUGUUAGUCUAAAUACAAUGGAACUCGGUGUAAACACCUAAAGAAGGGCCAUAGUAAUUUUAGAUGGGAAAAAGGGGUGGCUGGCUGUUUGGAAUUGAAAACAUCCCAGCAGGAAAUGUCCAUGGCACAGUGCUAUUAUUCUGUGCUGAAUCCCCUUACCUGUACAGUGAUCAGACAAGGACUUACGGUCUGUUCAGAUUAUAGGAGUACACCUGACUUUCACUCUAUUCACUUCUCUUGUGUCUUCAAAUGGUUUUAUUCCAAUUCUUUUAAAAUGAUUUGUAAUAAUCAUAAUAAAGUACAGCCAUACUGUGCCA